AUGAUUAUUAAAACUUAUGAUGAUUCAACUAAUAUCUUAUUAAUAAUUGUAUCAUUUUCAAUAACAAUAAUCUUAUCAAUAAUAUUUUGUAUUUAUAAAAUAUUUUAUAGUAAAUCAAGAUUUUCAAAUGGUGAAUAUCAAACUUUAUCAAGUUCAAUUACAGAUAGUUUAAUGGGUAGUCAUUCAAAUGAUGUACCAAGAGAAUUUUUAAAUGAUGAAGAAAGUUUAAGACAAUUAGCAGAACAAUUUGAUUUUACAAAUUUAUCACCAGAAGAACAACAACAAUAUUUAAAAUCAAAAGAAUUUCAAAUUUUAAAUCCUCCUGAUUUUUCCAAAAUAAAAGGUAAAACUUUUUCAUUAGAUGAUGAAAAAAUUAUAAAAGAAUAUGGUAUAAAUGCUUUUAAAUUUGAAAUGGAAAAUAAUAUUUUAAAUCCUCAUUAUAUUGUUGAAGAUAAAACUGAAAUAAAUUUUAUAAAUAAUGAUUUACCUUAUUGUACAACAACAACAAGUUUAAAUUAUCCAUUACCUGUUAAAAAUAGAUUAUAUUCAGAUACUAUAUAUUUUGAAACUAAAAUAUUUGAAUUUCAGGAGGCAAUACCAACAACACCUAAUGCUUCAUCAACUCAACAUUUUGCAAUUGGUUUAAUUACAAAACCUUAUCCAACUUCAUUUAGAUUACCUGGUUAUAAUAAAUUUUCAAUUGCAUAUGAAAGUACAGGAAAUUUAAAAAUAAAUAAACCGUUCCCAACUCCAUUACAACAACAUCUUAAUGAACAAAGUCAAUAUAAUGCAUUAGUAUUGCCACCAUUACAACAAUCAGAUGUUAUUGGAUUUGGUUAUAUUAUCCCCACUGGUACAAUUUUCAUAACAAGAAAUGGUAAAAAAAUUUUAGAUGUAAUGAAAGGAUGUUUUGUUGAUUUAUAUCCCGCUAUAGGAUGUUUUUCAACAAAUGCAAAAUUUCAAGUUAAUUUAGGUCAACUGGGAUUUGUAUGGAUUGAAGCAAAUGUUAGAAAAUAUGGUUUUAUUUCAACAAUAGAUUAUAAAAAAUUACAAGGUGAUAGAGGUUUAGCAAAUUUACCUCAAUAUAAUAAAAUUUUAAAUAAUGAUAUAAAUGAUAAAAUUUUAGAUAAAGGAGAAGAAUUACCACCCCGUUAUAUAAUUGAAGAAGAAUUAGAUUUUUUUGGUAGAAAUUCAAAUGAUAUUAUUAGAAUUGGGUCAAGUUCUCAACAUAUGAAAUUAAAUGAAAAAGGAUUUGGUGGUAAUAAUAAUUUUAAAAAUUAUGGAUCAACUGAUGAUAAUAAUGAUAAAAUUAUUCAUUCUAAAAAUCAAUCACCACAACACGAAGAACUUGAAGAUGAUGAUGAUGAAGAACAUGAAGAAAUUAAAUCUAAUCAUAAUAAUGAAAUAAAUAUAACUAAUGAUCCAGAAGAUAUAAUGGAUUUAAGAGAAAGAUUAUAUGAACAUGAUAUAAAUAAACAAAGUAAUCAAAUUGAUAGCACUCAUAAUAUUAGUAAUAAUUUAAACCCACAUCAUUCAUCUCAAUCAAAUACACAGGAAAUUGGAAAUGAAAACGAAAAUCAAAAGCAAAAUCAAAAUCAAAAUCAAAAUGUAACUAAUGCAUCCGACUUACCACCACUAGAAGCCGCUGUAACUGAGGAACAAGAUGUAGCUCAACCUACAAAUACUUCAUCCACUAAAGAACCUCAAACAACAACCUUGCAAGAAGAACCUCAAACGAGAACUACACAUGAAGAACCUCAACCAACCACCACAAACGAAGAAUCUCAAACUUCAACAAAAGAAGCACCACAAACAACAACAACAAUUGAAGAUCAACCUUCAACAUCAACAAACUUGGAAUCACCACCAAUUGCAAGCUCAGAACAAGAUCAGGAUCAAGAACAAGAACAAGAACAAGAACAAGAACAAGAACAAGAACAAGAACAAGAACAAGAACAAGAACAAGAACAAGAACAAGAAUCAGAAUCAACGAAUAUAAAACCAACAAAAUCAAAUUCACCAACAACAUCAACUAAUAAAAAGAAAAAGAAAAAAUCAAAUUCAAAGAAUAAAAAUAAUAAAAAGAAAAAGAAAAAGUAA